CUUGCAGUGCGCAGGCGCGGGGCUCUUCUUGUCAGUCGGAGCCGCGUGCGGGCUGGUGGCUCUGUGGCGGCGGCGGCGGCGGCUAGUCUCCGGCACGAUGAGCGGCUUCAGCAGCGAGGAGCGCGCCGCACCCUUCACCCUCGACUACCGAGUCUUCCUCAAAAAUGAAAAAGGACAGUAUAUAUCUCCAUUUCAUGAUAUUCCAAUUUAUGCAGAUAAGGAAGACCCGGGACAUAAUGAUGAACAUACUGGUUGUUGUGGUGACAAUGACCCAAUUGAUGUGUGUGAAAUUGGAAGUAAGGUAUGUGCAAGAGGUGAAAUAAUCAGGGUAAAAGUUCUGGGCAUAUUGGCUAUGAUUGACGAAGGGGAAACUGACUGGAAAGUCAUUGCCAUUAACGUGGACGAUGCGGAUGCAGCCAAUUACAAUGAUAUUCAUGAUGUCAAACGGCUGAAACCUGGCUACCUAGAAGCUACUGUGGACUGGUUUAGAAGAUACAAGGUUCCUGAUGGAAAACCAGAAAAUGAGUUUGCUUUCAAUGCAGAAUUUAAAGAUAAGGACUUCGCAAUGGAUAUUAUUAAAAGCACUCACGACCAUUGGAAAGCAUUAGUGACUAAGAAAACAGAUGGAAAAGGAAUCAGUUGCAUGAAUACAACAGUGUCUGAGAGCCCCUUCAAGUGUGAUCCCGACGCUGCCAAAGCCAUUGUGGAUGCCCUACCACCACCAUGUGAAUCUGCCUGCACAGUACCAACAGAUGUGGAUAAGUGGUUCCAUCACCAGAAAAACUAAUGAGAUUUCUCUGGAAUACAAGCUGAUAUUGCUGCAUCCUGUUCAUCUGGAAGUAUUAGAUGUAAAAGUAGUAACUUUUCAAAGCUUUAAAUACAUAGAACUCAUCUAACGAAAGCAAAUUCUGCUGUGACCAACCCAAUAUAUUCAGAAUGUUAUCAGUCUAAAGCAUUUUUCAUAUCUUAACUAAGAUAACUUUAGCACAUGCUUAAAUAUGAAGACAGUUGUAAUUUGGGAGUCAUUUGUGAAUAGAUGUGCAAGAAGAGCACAUAUUGGAUGUAUAUGUUUACUAUGUGUUAGGAAAUAAAAUUAUUUUGCUGAAA